CGUGAGAAAGUUUGUGCGGAAAAGCCAUUCAGGCUCAGACAAAUAUAGCAUCUCCAAUCAGCCUAGGAUGAAUGUGUUUGGACUGUGGGAGGAAAUUGGAACGCUCCAGCUAACGUGCAAGUUCAAACCCAGAACCUUCCGGUUGUGAGGCCAUGGUGCUAACCGCUGUGCCAGCCAGUUUUGGAUAAAUAAACUGCUUUAUCGUGCUUUGUGUGUAUUUUUAGUAAAGUAAGUGUGACGCUUUUCUUUUUUUCUUUUUUUUUUUGUAACUACAUAAGGAGAUAAUAUAGCUGAGAUAUGGUUUUGGGAGUAAUACAGGCAUGAUUUUGUUGUCAGCAGUUGAGAGUGAAGCCUCUGCGGGAAGCCUCUGUGGCCAGGGGAGUCCAAGCCAGCUAGUUCUCAGGGAUUGACUCAUUUUGCCAGCAGCACCCUCAUACCCCCUUCCCCAUGUAAUUGUAGGUUUUCGUUAACCACUGGUUAUUUUUAUAUGCUUUUAAGAGUUGAGCAAAGCACGCAUUUAAAUUGCAAGGUGGAAGAGUUCAUUAUGGCUUCGCUUGGUGGUUUUUCAGAAAACGUCAAGCUUUCUUAAGUCCCCCAAUAAACUGUUGAUUGUCAUAUUCAUAUUCUUUUUAAAUUCAAACAAUCUGAAAACUGUUUUCAAGCUGUACAGUGUGAUGGGAGGAAGUGCUAACUUGCCUGUGACUUUAAAUCUGUGUUCUCCAUAGAAUGAUUUGCAUGUCUCUUGUUAUUGGUUGUUGGAGGUCCUGUGGACACUUCUAAUUGGUUCAGCGUUUGUUACUUCCCAUUUUUCCUGAAUAUGUGUUUCAGAUCAUGAGACUUGUGGGUAUUUCACAAGGCCACAAGCUCCAAUCCUUCUCUACUUAUAAAGUCGGGAUGAGGUCCUUGAAGCCUGCGGUGCUGCUGCACUUAAUUCUGAUCAGCCUCGUCUCAGGGCUGCACUAUCCAAAUUCACCUUUUUCCAAAGUGCCUUUCCUGACUGUGUGGAACGCCCCAACUGCCAAAUGCCUCUCUCAGUAUGGCGUUAACCUUGACCUGGGGAUGUUUAACAUUGUCCACAACCAGAAUCAAACCUUUAUGGGUCAGAACAUAACCAUCUUUUAUGAUGAUAAGCUUGGUCUGUAUCCAAGGUAUUCCCCCCAGGGAGAGGCUAUUAAUGGCGGGGUUCCACAAAACAGCAGCCUUGACAAACAUCUCAAAGUUGCCAGGGAGAAUGUAAACACCUAUAUCCCUGACAGGGGUUUCCCAGGCCUGGGUGUGGUGGAUUGGGAAAGUUGGAGACCUGAAUGGGAGAGAAACUGGGACACUAAGAAGAUAUACCAGGACGGGUCAAAAGCACUAGUGAGGUCUAAGCAUCCAGACUGGAGCCCCAAACAAGUAGAUGACGCAGCACGCAUGGAGUUUAGCAAAGCUGCGAGGAAUUUCAUGGAGGAAACUCUGAAACUGGGGCAGGCAGCAAGACCAGAUGGUUUGUGGGGCUAUUAUGGUUUUCCAAACUGCUACAACUACUACAGCAACAAAAGCACAGGCUACACAGGGGAGUGUCCAGCUGUGGAGUUAAAGAGAAAUAACAGGCUUCUAUGGCUGUGGAGCACCUCCUCUGCUCUGUAUCCCGACAUCUAUCUCAGCAUCCAGAUGCAAAGUCUCAGCAGAGAAGUGCUCCUCUACUGCCACCACCGCAUCCUGGAGGCAAUGAGAGUAGCGGAUCAGGUGACUCCGUUCGCACCGCCCGUGUACGCCUAUGCUCGCAUCGUCUACACAUACACGCUGGAAUUUCUCUCUCAGGAGCACCUGGUCUACACUAUCGGAGAGAGUGCCGCUUUAGGCUCUGCUGGUGUAGUUCUUUGGGGUGACCACGCUCUUUCCAAAACUCAGGCUACCUGUGCUGCCGUCAAGUCCUACAUCGAUAACACUCUGGGUCCUUACCUGGUAAACGUGACAUCAGCGGCUACGCUUUGCAGUCAGACCAUGUGUUCCUCUCAUGGACGGUGUCAGAGGAAGGAUCCACAGUCGAAGGCCUACCUCCACCUUGACCCUGCCUCGUGGAAGGUGGUGUCCAAGAGGAAACCAAAUGGAUGGAGGAAAUACAGAGUUUUAGGACAUUUGCAGCCACGUCAUGUAAAGCUAAUGGAGUCUGAGUUUCAGUGCAGGUGUUACGCUGGAUGGAGGGGUCAGAGCUGCUCUGAGCCUGUUCAGCUAUAAGACUUAGGCACUUUUGAAACUAGUAGCUAAUUAAUGGCUUCUUAGCAGUGAAUGUAUCAAGAUACACUAAGACACUUUAUUAGGUACACCUGGUUAGUACCUGGCUGGACCCUCUUCUGCCCUAAUUCUUUGUGGCAUAGAUUCAACAAAGUGCAGGAAACAUUCCUCAGACAUUUUGGUCCACACUGACACGAUAACAUCACGCCGUUGCUGCCGAUUUGUCAGCUGCACAUUCAUGGUGCAAGCCUCUGAUAUCACCACAUUCUAAUGGUGCUCUUUUGGAUUGAGAUCUGGUGACUGUGGAGGCCGUUUGAGUGCACUGUCAUGUUCAAAAAACUAAUUUGAGACGAUUUGAGCUUUGGGAUAUGAAAGCAUCUAUCAGAAUAUGAAUACACUGUUGUCAUAAAGGGAUAGCUAUGUUUAGCAACAAAACUCAGGUAGGCUACGGUGCCCAAAAUGUGCUAAGAGAAAAGCCCUCACACCACUAUUUCAUCACCACCAGCAUGAGCCGUUCAUACAAGGCAGGAUGGAUCCAUGUUUACAUGUUGUUUACACUGACUGUACCAUCCCAGUUUCACAGCAGAAACUGAGCCUUGGCAGACCAGGCAAAACUUUUAUAAUCUUCUAUUGUCCAACUCUGGUGACCUUAUUCGAAUGGUACCCUUAGUUUCCUAUUCUUAGCUGAGAGGAAGAGCACCCGGUGUGGGCUUCUGCUGCUGCUUCCGUUUCAAAAUUUGACGCGUCAUGUGUUCAGGGAUGUUCUUCUGCAUACCUUGUGCUAAUGAGUUGACCUCUGACCUCCAGUAUCAACAAGAAAUUUUCCCCCAGAGUAACUGCUGCUCACGGGAUAUUUCCUCUUUUUCAGAUCAUUCUCUGCAAACCUUAGAGAUAAUUGUGUGGGAAAAUCCCAGAAGAUCAGCAGUUUCUGAAACGCUCAGGCUAACCUAUCUGGCACCAACAACCAUGCCAUGUUCGAAGUCACAUAAAAUCACCUUUCUUCCACAUUCUGAUGCUCAGUUUGAGCAGCAGGUCGUCUCGACCGUGUCUGCAUUCCUAACGAGGCAUUAUCCCAUGCAUCAAUAAGCUGUUAGACAGAUGUACCUAAUAAAAUGUCCGGUGAUUGUAUAUUAUUAUUUGAGUGACAGAAAUCAGCUUUAAACUUUUAUGCACUACAGUUUUUACAGAGGGUUUCCUCUACUGCAGUAUUUUGUUUUAGUACUUUGAACUUUUCUUACUUUGUCCAUAAUAAGGUUGGGCACAGAGUCUGAAUUCAGUGCUCACUUUCUGUUCUUUAAUGGUAUUUUAAGGCGUGUUACUAGGGGUAAAAAAAAAAAUCUCAGCUUAUCAGUGAAGGAGCGCUGGUGUCCAGCAGCUGAACAAUGCAGUAUUUGUAUACUCAGAGACAUUCUGAUUUCAUUUAGGGAAAAGGUUUGAUUGCAACUCCGUCCUGUAUUAAACAAAGAAGCAAGAAACAACUUACUGUCAAGACUGAGCAACAAUUUAAAGUUGAAAUAUUUAAAUACAUUAUUAUGAGUUCUUUGGGGGUAAAAACAGUUACAAAUUAGUGCUCAGAGAACACUAUUAUAAUCUCUUUAAACAUUUGUGCAAGGACCAAUUAAUGCAUGAAACCUGCGGGUGUUCUCCUGGAUUUUAAACGUCAGAACUGGAUGAUCAUGGCUGCUGUAGCACCAUCUCUCUUUUCCUUGAUAGUUUAUUUCCAUAAUAAAGUCAUAUAUAUUUGAUACUUUACAUUAGCGUCUCUUGAAAUAUAAUUUCUGCACGUUAAACCUGAUCUCACCAACAUUCCCAAUGUUGGUGGAACUACUACAUGUUGAUAGUGCAUGACACCAGACCAUGGACUUGCUCACCUAAAUAGUCAAAAGAAGGAACACUAGAGUCCUACUCAGACAGCUGCAGGGCAGGGCUGCGGCUGCAAGAAUGCAAUAAAAUACAAGUUGAAGCAGCUCAUCGCAGUUUUCUACCAGGAAUAUGAGAUCAGAGACGGUGCACUCAUAAAGUGAAGUAAUUGUGACCCCAACUGCUGAUUAAAAUCAAUCAACUGGAACCAAGAACUACUCACAGAAUAUGUUUGGUUCUUCCAAAAGGUUAAAAUAAUGUGCAGAAAAACUGAAAAUCCAUCUCACAAUAUAAAACUUAUUUUGUGACGAGUAUAGAACACAUCAACAUUAAUAAUGUUAAAAAGUACAUCGGGGCUCUUUGUUUUGUAGUUAACAUUUAUGCUUUCUCUAAACUUUUCUAUGUAAAAUUUAUACCUUUAUACCAGCAGGUGGUGUUGCUGGACAACUUACUAACAGCAAAAGGGCAUCAGACAUCAAGGUCAAAGCUCUGAGUGCUAGUAAUAACCGAAAAAGUCAAAUAAAAGCAGAAGUAAAGCCCGGUUUGGCUGUGUAUGUCAGGUUCUGAUAAGUUUACAUCCGUGCUGUGCAACAGCUGGGGUGCCCACUAUGAACUGAACCCACUAUAACACAGAAGCAAAGGGAGCAAAGAGGUGACCUUGAUUGAUUUAAGAGUGGCAUGUACAAUUCUGCCUUAUCUGAUAGAAACGGCUGCCGCAAACUGGUGUCACUGAUGGUAAUUUCCCUCCUCUGUCCCCCGAGGCUCAGUAUACCAGAAGAAUAGACUCCUACAAGGCCCCACUGUUUCCCAUUUCCGGCUUUAUCAUAACUGGCUGGAUUGUGAGGAAAUGAGAAGAAGAUGGGUGCUUAUUUUGAAGGCGCUGGUGAGUCUGUGCUUUUUGAACAUCAUUUUGGCCUUCAUAGGUCAUUUUGCAGUUGUUUUCUAAAGAAGACAGCUGCCUCGACUGGUUUUCAGCAACCAAGGACAAAAUUGAAUCUAUCUCCUUAAACG